ACCCUGUCCUCUUCCAUUCCGUAGUUCACCACCGGCACCUGUAACGAUGCUACGGUGCAUAGCUGCGAGCUGUGUGGCAAAGGCUUUCGCCUGCAGCGGAUGCUCAACCGUCACAUCAAGUGCCACAGCCAGGUGAAGAGACACUUGUGCACCUUCUGUGGAAAAGGCUUCAACGACACCUUUGAUCUGAAAAGACAUGUCCGGACCCAUACCGGAAUUCGUCCUUACAAAUGUGAGGUUUGCAACAAAGCCUUCACCCAGCGCUGUUCCCUGGAGUCCCAUCUUAAGAAGAUUCAUGGCGUGCAGCAGCAAUACGCCUACAAACAGAGGCGAGAUAAACUUUACGUGUGCGAAGACUGCGGCUACACGGGCCCCACGCAGGAGGACCUGUACCUGCAUGUUAGUAACGUUCACCCCGGAAGCGCUUUCCUGAAAAAAACCUCAAAAAAACUUGCAGCGGUUUUGCAAAACAAACUGAGCCCUGUCCUGCAGAGGAACUCCAAAGAUGACGACAAAGAUGAGUAA